AUGCAAGCCCCAGAACGCAAACCCAUCGGUGACGCUUCACGCGCGCACCCCGUCCGAGACGAGGAUUUCUACAUUCAAAAUGUCGUCAUCUUGGUCGAAGACGUACUUUUCAAAGUACCAAAAUCUUACUUAGUUUCAGAGUCCACCGUCUUCGAAACCAUGUUUUCUUUGCCACAGAACCAGGACGAAAUGGUGGAGGGAGAAACUGAUCAUCAUCCAAUCAAGCUUGAAGGAGUAAAGCACGACGACUUCAAGCAUCUCCUGCGUGUGAUUUGCGUCAGGGCACAUCAACCAGCACCUAACUUGACUUACGCCCAAUGGCUAUCAGUCCUCGAGCUGGCUACGAAAUGGGAAAUGGCUCGCCUUCGAACACUCGCCAUAACCAAGCUCACCUUGAAUCUUUCCAUAUUGGAUGCUCACCAACAGAUCAUCCUUGGACGAAAGUACGAACACAAUCCAUGGCUGGCUUCUGGAUAUACCGCACUUAUGAGACGCGCCAAUCCUAUGGGGGUGGAGGAUGUCGAAAAAAUAGGGGUGGCGGACACUUUGAAGAUAUCGGCGCUUCGGGAGAGAAUAUCUAUGAUACCUUCACACGACUCCGGCAGAAUCUUACAUACGUGGAGGAUCAGCGACAAGCCAAGGGGCGAAUGUCCUACUUCUUGCACCAUUCCGGAGAAGAUGGUCUUAGAGGUAUUGAAUGGGUGA